AUGUUGAAUAAAUUCUAUCCAUCUGUUCGCCGAAUCUCUACUUCGGCUAUUGUAGCCAGGAAAGCGGGCCGAAAGGGCGGGACUCGGAGGCCUGUUGCUACUGAUUUUACUUUGGUAAGGUUACUGUAAGAUAUUUUUUAAUAAUUGUAUGUUAUUAUGGGGUACUGUAUGAUGUUUAUGUCGCUGUUUCUGAAGCUUGAGCUACCGCUUAAUAGAUUUCAUCAUUUUUCUAAAUUAUAAGGAUCUUAUGGUUAAUAUGAUGCCACUAAACCCAAUAUUUCUUACUUUACUGUUCAAAGACUACUUUAAGAUAUUGUGUAAAAUCAAAAUUACACUAAACUAUAAUUACUGAAUCUUCUCCACAAACCACAAUUCCAUAUUUUCCCAUGUUUUAGGGCGGUUUGACCAAGCUAACGUUCAAAGAAGAAGUUCACCAUGCUCGACCGGUCGAACCCUUCAAAGUGAAGAAACAUGAAAGAAAGAAAGUACCGUACCCGAAGGAGAUCAGUGCCUACUUGGACAAGCACGUCAUUGGCCAAGAAGUGGCCAAAAAGACGUUGGCAGUGGGUAUCUACCAACAUUACAAACGCCUCGAGCACAACGACAAGAUUCGGCAGAAAAAAGAGGUAAGAAGGUGUAUAACUUGGGAUAAUCAAGUAUUUCUUGAACUAAUCAGUUGUUAUAGCUGAUUAGAUUGCUGUAAUCUAACCUAAUGUUUAAUCUUGUCUGUUUUAGUGGGGAAGUCUUGCUGGACUAAAGAAGAGUAUCAUACUCGGCCCAAAGACUGUCCCCAAAGAUGCCGAUGUCCUCAACGAACUCCUGGAAGAAGCUGUAAGUUCAUAAGCGACGUAAUAUAGCUAAUAUGACAUAUUAUUACUUAUAAAUAUUAUAUUAUACUUAGUAUUACUUAAAAAUUACCCAUGCCAAUGUGUUCCUACGAUGCCAAACUUAUAUUAACCUAAAACAUUGCUUUAGAAGAACCCUACGAUGCUAGAGAAGUCCAAUAUUGUGUUAGUGGGACCUUCCGGAGCCGGAAAAACGUACAUUACUCAGCGUCUGGCCUCUAUUUUGGACGUUCCAUUCGCGUACUGUGACUGUACCGUACUCACACAAGCAGGUUACGUUGGGGAUGACGCUGACACGGUGAUUCAGAAACUGCUCCAGAACGCUGACGGUGAUGUCGACAGGGCUAUGGUAUGUUUCUGACUAUAUCAUCGUAUAAAUCGUACUUGUAUACACUACGAGCCAUGUGUUUCUCCAAUAUCAAGUAAAAUGCGGAGUACGUCGCAUCUUGUGUAAUUCUGUAGCUAAAAUCAUGUAAAGUUACAGUGUGUCCUUGACAUUGUAUUUUCAGCGUGGAAUCGUGUUCCUGGACGAGUUUGACAAGAUUGCCUCUUCAAUCGAUCCAAUUCACUCCGCCAAUGGAUUCCGUGACGUCUCCGGCAGAGGAGUACAACAAGCGCUUCUGAAGAUCGUAGAAGGCUCCGUGGUCAGAGUCAAGAAUCCGUACUCACAAGGAGCCAAGAUUGAAGUUGACACUAGUGAUAUCCUUUUCGUGUCCUCAGGCGCUUUCAACAGUUUGGAUCGAAUGGUGGGAAGAAGGUUGAACAAACGAUCGGUCGGCUUCGGAUCAGGCGCCACGAAUCACGAUGAAGAUCUUCUUGGCGACGAUGAGAUUGCUGUGGCCAGGAAGAGGGACGAACUUCUGCUUAAGGUGGAGCCGGCUGAUCUGGUCUCGUAGGUUUUUUAUGUUGCAGUAGUAGACCUUAAAGUAGUUACAGUAGACCUUAAUAUAGUUACUGUAGAGUACGACAGUAAACUGGUGUGUCACAAGCGAAAGUGUUACCUUCCGAAGCUAAUUGUCCUUUUAGGUUUGGCAUGAUCCCAGAGCUGGUCGGCCGUUUCCCCGUAGUGGUACCCUUCCAAAGCCUGGACAAGGACCAGCUGGUUCGUGUCCUAAAAGAGCCCGCCAACUCCUUGGUAAAUCAGGUCACAAAGCAGUUCAAGAUGGACAACAUCAAGAUCAGGUUCACGGAACAAGCACUGGCUGCCAUCGCUCAAGAAGCCGUCCAACGCAAGACUGGAGCUCGUGCCUUAAGGGCGAUUGUCGAAAGGGUCCUAUUGAAUGCCAAAUACGAAGUGCCCGGCUCCGAGGUGACUGAGGUCGUCAUCAACGAAGAAGCCGUCAAGAGCGGCGGGUUCUCGGGAUUCACUGAAAAAGCGAACAAAAACGUUUGUGAAUAA